CCAAGAUAACAAAACGCAAACAGGUGUACAGGUGUGCUGUACUGUCCUGUCAACAUACCGGUGCACCGGCUCGUCCAACAUAAACCCGUUCGUGUAGUCUGACUGUGCUUCAUGAAACAUGUUUGCUGUAGCAUCUCCGUGGCUCUGCUGGACUUUACUGUCUGUCUCCCUCGUGGGGUUUACCUGUGCAGACCAGAAAACUAUCACAGUUGAGUCUGGACAGAACGUCACUCUGACAUGUCGAGCUCCAAACAACAACAUCACGGUCAUAGAGUGGAAAACAGCUGACUUGGGAGAGGAAUACGUCCUUUUGUAUCGGCAAAACUUCUUUGAUACCACCAAGCAGCAUCCAUCUUUUAAGAACCGGGUGGAUCUGCAGGACAGACAGAUGAAGGAUGGAGACGUGUCUCUGAUUCUGAAGGACGUGACGAUUAAUGACACUGGAACAUACGAGUGUCUUGUCUUUAUGAGAGAAACACGCUCGUGGAAAAUCACCAGCAUCAUCUGCCUGACUGUUGUUGAUCCUCCAGGUCAGACAGGAGGAGACAUAGAGGAUGGAUCUGUUGGACUGAAAGUUGGUCUUCCAGUUGCUGCUAUUGUUACUGUUGCUGCUGUUGGUGGGGUUUUUUUGAUCUACAGAAAAUGUAAAUCACAGAAGCAGGGUUUAUACCAGCCUCCAAUUGAACUUCAGCCUGUUUGAAAUGUUUCAAUUUUUUGCAGCUGAAGUCUGAAGUUAUAGUAAACCUUUUCAGGUUUAAAUGUCCAUUAAUUUAUUGAGUAAUUUAUUUUUAAUGUAUAGAAAAUGGUACAAAGUAAAAGUUCAGCCUUUAGCUCCUCACUGUCUGUCCAAUAAUCAUGCUGGACUAGAAGUCUUCAUAUUUAUAUGAAAAGAGGAAGUUGUUACUUUUACUUGUAGUAUCAAAAUACCCGCUGCUUCACUUUAAAAGGAUAGAACACUCGUAUUUAUAUCACAGAAGCUUCUAAUGUUUAUUAUAUAAAUCUUUAAGCACCGUGCAUCCAUCCAUUCUCUUCCACUUAUCAGUAAGACCUCCUGCAUUGUUCUUGACCCCCUCACACCCCGCACAUGGAACUUUUUUCUCUCCUCCCAUCCGGCAGACGCUAUCACAGCAUUGAGGCCUGAUCCUCCAAACUGUGAGACAGCUUCUUCCCACAAGCCAUCAGACUCUCAAACUCACUACUGGCUCACCCAUUCCCCCUGACAAACCGUGACUCCACAUACCACUGCCUUUGAAAUGCACAUGAAUCCUCAAGAAUGCUGUUUAUGUUUUCAAGCUGCUACACUGGUCACUUUGAACCAUUCAACUGUAAAUUGUAAAUUGAUAUGGAUCUUUACCUUUUACCUUAGUCUUAAAGUGUGUAUUUAUUUCUUACUCCUAUUCUUCUUAUAUUUAUUGUUUGUCUUUUGCACUAAAUGGAACUGGAGCCUCGUCUUGUCUCUCUCUAUACUGUACUGUUUAUAGCAGAAAUUACAAUAAAGUUUACUACAA